CUUGGGUUCUACUUCGGUCCAUACUUCACCUUUUUCUUUAGGAACUUUUAAACAAUCUCACGGCAUGAUACAAGCUUCCCUUCUGCCUUCGCUUCUAUCCAAAUGGACUACAUUGUCGGGCUUUAGAGUGAAGAUCCUCAACAAUGAAUCUUUGUAGGGGAGGAAUUCAGAUCGUCAGCAAAAGUUCCCUCUAUUGAUCUCAUUUAUACUGCCCAUGAUCGAGUGACAUCCAUUAUCAACUAACCACAACGAACUACGGUGAGAAAGAACCAGUGAAGGAUAAAAAGUUGCAAACUUACAUCCUGGCACCAAGAAGGAAGGACCCUGCAUUAACAAAAGCAAAGUCAAGAAGAUAUAAGGAGCACAAGACACCUUAGAUCUUUUCCAAGAACACAAAAAAUUUCCCCAUGCACCCUCCUCAAGAAAUUGAAGAACUAAGUGAACUCUUUCCCCAGCAUAACUUUCGAUUUCAGAAGGAUCCAUUUCUAAGCUUUGACAAGAUUAAAGCAGAACAAGAAUCAACAUUCUGAGGAAGAGGAGAAACAAAAACCUUCAUCUUUAUCAGUGUCGAGAAAGUUUGCAUCAGCAGGAUUAUGAGUACAAUAUUUGCCACAUUCAUGGUAAGGAUAGGUAGCUUUUGGACAAUUUGGAUUUGCAACUCUUUUUUCUCCAUCAGGCUUUAUGAUAUGCCGAACUUGUUUGACACUUCUUGGACUAACUAGAAUGAAGGGAAGAGAUUGAAUAAAGGGGGAAAAGAAACAGUUAGAAACUUCCCCAAAAUCAAAACAUCUUGAAAAUAGUGAGAUAAACCAAUAUGGUUCCUUGAUGAUGGGUGGUAUGAAUAUUAUAAGAAGUCAUAGAAGCCAUAUGCUUCAGAUACUUAGACUGCAUGAACACAAAAAAAAAAAUGCUUUAGAAAGAACUAUGGAAAAAAGCUACCUAACUUCUUCUUGCUCAUAGACUUUCGAGUUAUUCCCUGAGCGAUCUUCUGCAGGCAAGAUACUCCACAUUGAUGAUAGGGAUUGCCAGCAUAAACACACUCCGGAUAAACUCUUCCAUUAUCAGCCAUUUCUUUAUCACCUUCUAUCGGGACUCUACAACAAAAAGAAUAAGAAGAAAUUGAGCUUACAGCUUAGACCCUGAUUGGCUCCAUAGAAAAAUUCCUUCCUCAACACAUAUUUGAUAAUCGUAAACCAUGUCUAAACCACCCUACCCAAACAAAUACUCACAUAUAAAACAAUUCUCUCCAUGAAAAAAUUAAGAAGGGAAAGAUUUGAUUCUCUCCCAACUAAACAUGCAGAAAGCAAGUCCACAUCAUUCAUCAGCAACUAUUGCCAGAAAAAGAAAAAAAAAUGAACAGGCUUUCUUAAUCUAACAACUCUUUUUUCCUCAACCCUUUUCCAAGGCAAUCAAACCGAACAAAACCCAGAAACAAGAUUUGUUUUACCUGCGAAUUCUGGCCAUGACAAGCUGAAAAACAAACAUAAUAGAAGCAAGAAGAAAAUGUACAUAUCAAGAACAUAGAACAAAGAUAACAGUCUUACAGCUCAAUCACCACCACAACCGCUAGUAGAGUCGAUCUGCAUUCUUACCUUCUGAUUUUUGCCAUCAAUCGGCUGGAGAAGCAAAGAGACGGUGAUAUUCAUAACUCUAAGCUGCCGCCGCAAAACCAACCGUCGUCUCAUCGCCAGUCGCCAAACCUCACCGGACAUCGCCCACCUCCGGUACCUUCAACUCUAGGUCGGCGAGAUUCUCCUGUUCUUUGGCUUCUCACAUCAUAGGGUGCUCAAAUCCGAGAUGCCCGCCGAUGCCGCUGUCCUCUGCUCUUGCCUCCAGAAAGACAGAUCUGCAUCACCACUGUUGUCGCCAUUAGCAACCGUGGCGGCCAGUCGAUCUCACCGCCUCAUCGUCCUCCCACCGCUUUGUCGUCGCCUCCAUCCCUACCGAUGUGCCCUGCUCUGCCCUCUCGCCCGUCACUCAUCGCUGGCCAUUGCUCUAGUCGCUGUAGGACGAGCAGAGCCAAGGUAGAGAGAAGGAAAGAAUUUUUUUUAAGAGGCGAAGAAAAGAUAUUAAAAGGGGGAAGGAGUGAGAUCGGUCUGGAAACGUCGACUGGGGUCCUAGGGUAAAUGAAAAGAAGAGAAGAGG